GGGACGUAAAUAUUUGGCACUUUACCCAACGUCUGGAGGUGAUAAUCCCGAAAUGAUCGCCAAGAGGAACGAGAUCAGAGAGCUUAUAAAAGAAGCUGUUGAGAAGAAUGAUCUUGAUAAUCUUAAUAGACGGUUCAGAGAAGAAGCUAAAAUGCAGAUAAUAAAAAAAAUGGAGGACGAUAAUAAACUGAAAAAGAGAAAAUUAAAUAUACCACAAAAACAAGGCAUGUAG